AGGGAGCAAAAAACCGAGACGCAGAAGAAGAAGACGCGAAAUAUAUGAUUAUUUACCAAAUGGCUGGCAAAAUAGAGGCACAGUAGUGGACUUGAAGAAAAUAAUCUGUUAAAACAGUUCUUGGGAGAGAACGCUGCCUACGUGGGACGGCAUGGAAAAACAACUGCAUUUAAAUUUGUUAGCUUCAAGACCCCCGAUUGCAGGCGGCUUACAGUCUGGGUCCAAAAUGAGAAUGGGACCUGGACGGAAGCGAGAUUUCUCCCCCUUGCCCUGGAGUCAUUACUUUGAAACAAUGGAAGACGUUGAGGUGGAAAAUGAUAACGGCAAAGAUGUUUUCAGAAUUUACAGCAGCGGCUCCCAUGGUCCCGUGCUGCUCCUGCUCCAUGGAGGAGGCCAUUCUGCUCUCUCCUGGGCAGUGUUCACUUCAGUGAUAUGCAGCCGGAUUAACUGCAGGGUGGUAGCUAUGGACCUCCGAGCGCAUGGUGACACCAAAGUGAAAAAUUCUGAAGAUCUCUCUGCAGACUCGAUGGCCAAGGAUAUUGGCAAAGUAGUAGAGGGACUCUAUGGAGAGAACCCUCCACCAAUCAUGAUUAUUGGGCACAGCAUGGGUGGAGCAAUUGCAGUUCACACAGCCGCAGCCAAUCAUAUACCAUCUCUACUUGGCCUCUGUGUCAUUGAUGUUGUGGAGGGCACAGCAAUGGAUGCUCUGAACAGCAUGCAGAAUUUCCUCAGGAGUCGCCCAAAGACUUUUAAGUCUCUGGAGAAUGCCAUCGAGUGGAGUGUGAAGAGUGGACAGAUUCGAAACAUUGAGUCAGCACGGGUGUCCAUGGGAGGCCAAGUGAAAAAACGGGAGGAACCCAUCAGCAGUCAAGGUGUCUCUAAUAGCAUCGGCGAAGUCAUAAUAGAAGAAGAGGAGGAAGAAGGGGAAGAAGAAUCCAACAACAAAAGAAUGAAGGAAGAUGACCAAGAGAUAAAGAAGAGCAUCUUUACCUGGCGAGUUGACUUGUCAAAGACCGAAAAAUACUGGGAGGGCUGGUUUGUAGGCCUGUCUUCCCUCUUUCUAUCUUGCUCUGUGCCAAAACUACUACUGCUGGCAGGAGUGGACAGACUUGACAAAGACCUUACAAUCGGACAGAUGCAAGGCAAGUUCCAGAUGCAGGUGCUCCAUCAGUGUGGUCAUGCCGUUCAUGAGGAUGCACCUGAAAAAGUAGCAGAUGCUAUAGCAAAAUUUAUGGUCCGGCACAAAUUCACGGAAUUUAAGGAGGGGUACCUGUGCUAAUUUCCAGUUUCCAGUCUACACAUAGCCAGCCGCCAUUGAGGAAAUGUGUGACGAUUCAUGGAUGUUAUCUUGCAAAUUAACAAUAAAUUGAGAAAAUUGUUAUUGUUGCUGUUGUUGUUGUUGUUGUUGUUAUUAUUAUGUUUUUGUCAUCACAUAGUUCUGCCUUCCAGCUUUGCCUUAUUUUAUUGAUAUUUUUGGAACUCAGAUUUGUAUUUCGUUUCAGGUUUAAAUCUUUUAUGUUUCAUGUUUUUUGUAGGCGAUUGCAUCAUGUUGUAAUGUGUUUAUGAACUUGAUUUAAAGAAUGAGGAUUAAAAAUGGAUAUGGAAAUAUGCCAUCCAUGCUUUUUGUUGGCUAUAUGUAUUAAAGCGUCAUCAUGAACAUUUAAAA